UCCGUCUUCUCUAUAAAACUCUUCACCAACGACAGCACGGCGAACAGAAUCAUCUUCACCAUCCUCAGAAGCUCAUCAGCAAUUAGAAGACCCUGUAGAAUAUGCAAAACAUGUUUCAUUUCAUUUCUUUCCUAGUUGUACUUGUUGUUACUCCGUCGUUGGGCAAUAAUGAUUCCACCGAUCUAAAUAGAGUAAAGCGAGGUGGAUUCUCGGGAACAGGUGGAUUUACUCAACCUGCUGUCCAUUAUGCUCCUACUCCAGGUGCAGCAGCAGCUGCCGCAGCGGCAGCGGCUGCCCAGCAAGCUACACAGGCUGCACAAGCCGUUAAAACUGUUACGAGUGGAGUAGCACAAGCAGCUCAAUCAGCGUCAAAUUCAUUGUACCAGGCGAAAGCGGCCGCGCAAGCUGCUCAAGCUAACCAGGCCAAAUUGCAACCUAUCCUUCAAGACAUUGCCGCUGCUGCCCAGGCCGCACAGUAUGCAGCAAAAGCCGCUUUGCAGGGUGCCGACGCCGUAGCAGCCGCUCAGGCAGCGGCCGCUGUCAGUGCUGGGGCAGCCGUGAGCGCCGCGAAUUCCGCCCAACAGGCUGCAAAGAUCGCCCAGGUUUCCCAAGCUGCACAGGCUGCACAGCAAGCCGCCCAAGCUGCAAAAGUGGCAGCUGCCCUCAGCAAUUCCAAAGGCUAUCGAAAUUACUAGAAAGAAAUUUCAGUAGAACAAUA